AUGCCACCAAAGCUCCAUCUAGUACGGCACGCACAAGGCUACCAUAAUCUUGGCCCUGAAUAUUGGAGUCUCGUUGAUCCGAUCCUGACUGAGGAAGGAAAGCGGCAGAGCUUGGAGCUGAGCCGUAGGUUUCCUUCCAAAGAUGCAAUCGAAUUAGUAUGUGCUUCGCCAAUGCGCCGAGCCAUUUACACCGGCCUAGAAGCGUUCGGUUCGGUCCUCGAAGAAAACCCAGAGAGAAAAUUGAUUGCCCUACCGGACCUACAAGAAGUCAGCGAUUUCCCUUGUGAUGUGGGAAGCGACAUUGCCAGUUUGCGCAAGGAGAUGGACGAAGCAAAGCUGCCAGUGGACUUAAGCUUUGUGGAAGAAGAUUGGACCAGCAAAGUAGGUAGAUACGAAGGGACAAUGGAAAAGCUUCGUACCCGCGCUCGAGAUGCUAGAAUUUGGCUGAAGAAUCGCCCGGAAAAAGAGAUUGCGGUCGUCAGCCAUGGCAACUUCUUACAUUUUCUAACUGACGACUGGGAGGAUGGCUGUAAACAUGACGCGACAUCCUGGACCAAUGUGGAAUAUCGAACCUAUGAAUUUGCCGAGGAGGAAAACGGCUCCCCUGAACAUUUGGAUGAUGCACCAUUACAAGAAACAACGGAUUCACGUCACCGACGUGGGAAAUUCAGUCCUUCACCUACGCGCGAGGCUCAAAAAGUGAUAUGCGAGCAGAUGCUCAUAGGCUGGGCAGAGCAGGGAUAUCCGGUUGGCACAUCGAAAGAGAAUACCUCUAUAGAAGUCAUUGAG